CGGUUAAUUUUGAGCAUGGAUAUCGCUGGCUAUGACAAUAAGGCAGCUCUGCAGCAGGUGAAUCAGUUUUGGUCGAUGUUAGACGACAUGUCUCAGAAUAAUCCCGAGGAGUACAGGACCUUCAUUGAACGCCAGUUACGGGAAGGAGCGGAGUUUCACUCACCGCCUCAGCCGCACGCCUGCCUCCGCACUGCUCUGCUGGAACCAAAGGACGGAAUAUUGUACAUUAACGUGUGUGGCUGGAAACGUGUACCAGCGCCCACUUCUUACAGUGACCCUGUUCCUGUUUGUGGAGGACGAUUGGAGACAGUGACUGAGGAGAAAGGUCAAUACAGUGUCAUUGAUGUGGCCUUCAACCCUGAGGUUCUGCAGACUGCAGAGAAAGACAAAAACGAGAAAGAGAAGCUUCACCUACUUGCUCUGAACUUCAUCCGGCAGCAGCACAAUCUGAAACUGUCCCAGCACUACAAACUCACCAAAGACAAACUCAAAGGCAGAAUUCAGGAUUUGAAGCAGCGUCUUAUGUCGCCGCAAACGUGCAAAUCUUCUGCCAAAACCCCACAAUCUGAACCAGCCCCAUCGCUCCUGCAGCAGAUCUCCUCACUGCGCCUGGCUGAGAGUAAUGAGGACUCAAACAUCCAACUGAGCGUAGAGCAGGAGAAUAAACCAGCCCGAUCCGGUCUCAUUGAGGUGAUCUCCAGCACAGAAUCAGACCAGCCACAGCCACAACAACCCAAGCAUCAUCUCACAGUCUGUCCCGAUGGCAGCAGCUCAUCCAGGAGCAUGCAGCUAAGUGUCGAGCUUCCUGGGGUGAGAUCUGUGUCACAGUGCCAGCUCAGCAUCUCUCAGGGUGAUAUUCUGCUGGAAGUAGAAGACCUUUAUUAUCUUCAUCUACAGUUUCCUGAGCUGGUCAAGGAGGAGACUUGCACUGCAACGUUUAAUAAGAAGAAACAAACUCUAAAUGUUACAGUGGCUGUGUUAUGAGAACACGUAUUCGUCCAGAAACUGAGAAUGUAAACACUAUAGUUGUAUUACUGACUGUUGUCUCCAGGAUCGUUAGUUAUUUCAAUAAUUAUGUGCAUCGUUUUUGGUCACAACAGAUAUUUUAUUCGCAGAGAACCAUCUGUUCCUAAAAUUUUAAGUCCAUUAUAGAAAAUAACAAAAUAGAUUCUGUUAUAAGCCAACAAUUAUUUCAUUUUAUUGCUGUCAAAAUAAAAUGAUUGCUAAUUUUAAUAGAUAAUUGAUGUUAAAACUGUUUAUUAUUUUGUUUAGAUAAGUACAAAAUAGAAUACUAGAAACUAAAACCUCAUUUUAAAGUGAAUUUAGUAGAGUAUGAAAAAUGGAUAUUAUUUUUGGAUUUGCUGAAAAUGUUAGUAUGGAAAAUGAGAAUAAACUAAAUCAGAAAUAAAUAAAUAAUCAUACAAACCCA